CCACUCCUUCCCUUAGGACUAAAAAUAGAGGACAACGCUUAAUCAUUAUCUGUCCAAGAAACUAAAAAGGAUUUGGGAUUCCAUUUCUUCGUGUAAUUAAAGACUUAAUACAACGCAAUGAGAAGAGGAAGAAUUCAGAGCUCUGCUUCCUGUUCAGCAUCAUCUUCUUCCACAUUCCCUCAUCCUUCAUGCCUCACCUCUGCUUCUCGCCAUUGCAAGUUCCCUCGUCUAUUGUCGCCUCGAGCUCUCUCUGUCUCUCAAAGGGUGUCCGGAAAUUGCCUAGUGCCCGAGACGACUCAGUUCUCAUUUUCUAAACAGUCUAAUAUCAUUACCAAUAAGAAACAUUUGUUUCACGCGGGCGUUGGAGCUUUGGAGACUUCAAACACUCAAGCUGUCUCCCCUGGGCCUCUUAUUGGCGAGGAAAAGAUUGGAGUCUUGUUGCUGAACCUUGGAGGUCCCGAGACCCUUGACGAUGUGCAGCCCUUCUUGUUUAACCUUUUCUCCGACCCGGAUAUUAUACGGCUACCAAGGUUGUUUCGUUUUUUGCAAAGGCCCUUGGCAAAGUUUAUAUCUGUUCUUAGAGCACCUAAGAGCAAGGAAGGAUAUGCUUCAAUUGGUGGCGGUUCUCCUCUUCGACGAAUAACUGAUGCUCAGGCUGAAGAGUUGAGAAAGUUACUUUGGGAAAAGAAUGUCCCUGCUAAAGUGUAUGUUGGUAUGCGUUACUGGCAUCCAUUCACUGAAGAAGCAAUUGAGCAGAUAAAAAAGGAUGGAAUAGAAAAGCUUGUUGUACUUCCACUUUAUCCUCAAUUUUCAAUAUCAACUAGUGGUUCAAGUCUUCGGCUCUUGGAAAGUAUAUUCCGUGACGAUGAGUAUCUAGUGAACAUGCAACAUACAGUCAUACCUUCUUGGUAUCAACGGGAAGGGUACAUAAAAUCUAUGGCAAAUUUAAUUGAAAAAGAACUGCAAAAGUUUGAUCAUCCUGAAAAGGUGGUAAUAUUUUUUAGUGCGCAUGGGGUGCCACUUGCAUAUGUAGAAGAGGCAGGUGAUCCUUACAAGGCUGAGAUGGAAGAAUGUGUGGACUUGAUAAUGGAGGAAUUAGAGAAGAGGAAGAUCACAAACGCAUACACUCUCGCUUAUCAGAGCAGAGUUGGGCCUGUUGAAUGGUUGAAGCCCUACACUGAUGAGACAAUAAUUGACCUAGGGCGAAAAGGAGUUAAAAGUCUUCUGGCCGUACCAAUUAGUUUUGUAAGCGAGCAUAUUGAAACUCUUGAAGAGAUUGAUGUUGAGUAUAAAGAAUUGGCUUUAGAAUCCGGUAUACAAAAUUGGGGUCGUGUUCCUGCAUUAGGAUGUGAGGCAAUGUUCAUUUCAGACCUGGCAGACGCCGUAAUUGAGAGUCUUCCAUAUGUGGGAGCUAUGGCAGUUUCAAAUCUUGAAGCUAGACAGUCAUUAGUUCCCCUGGGAAGUGUGGAGGAGUUAUUGGCAACUUAUGAUUCACAACGAAGGGAGCUCCCACCACCUGUGACGGUUUGGGAAUGGGGUUGGACGAAAAGUGCUGAAACUUGGAAUGGCAGAGCAGCCAUGCUUGCCGUGCUUGUGCUGUUGCUACUCGAGGUCACAACCGGAGAGGGAUUUCUGCAUCAGUGGGGGAUAUUGCCCUUGUUUCGCUAAAUCUGACUGUCUCUCGUAAUGAAGAUAAGUGUAAAUUUUGAUAUGAUAAGCAGCAACUUACAUACAUUUGUAUUGGAGAACAUGUUCAUUGGUAAAAUACGUGGGAACUGGGUGUUGAGAUUCAAUGCAUUAAAAUCACACACUGAU